AUGGCGUUUCUUUUCAAAUCAAAGAGGAACCAGGACCGCGCACUCUCGAGCCGGGACGGGUCGCAGGGCUCUGGGUCGGGGUCAGGCAGCGCGACGGCGCGUGUGAGGGACGACAAAGGCUCUCGGUCCACGCCAACGGGCAGUCUCCAUUCUCUCGAUAACGACGGCAGUAUGGGCAGCCCGGAUCAGCCUUACGCGCGCCAAAGAGGCCAGAGCAUGGAUCAGCAACCUCAGAUCUCCCCACAAUCGCAACAGCCACCACCACAGCAGCAGCAGCAACAGCUACAGCAGCAACAGCCGCCGCAGCAACAACAACAACAACAGCAGCAUCCUGGCGAACCACCGCUUCGCAAUGGCGCGGCUUCACAGUUGGCGGCAAACCCGAACGCCUCGCUCUACCCGUGGUCGCAGCGGCGGCUAACCUAUACCUCGUCUCACCCGAGUCCGUUCCCGAGAUAUGGCGCCGCGGUCAAUUCGAUUUCGUCCAAGGAGGGCGACAUCUACGUGAUGGGUGGCCUAAUCAACAGCUCCACGGUGAAAGGCGACCUCUGGCUGAUCGAGGCGGGCGCCAAUAUGGCUUGUUACCCGCUUGGCACGACUGCCGAAGGCCCGGGCCCGAGGGUUGGACAUUCCAGCUUGCUGGUGGGAAACGCAUUUAUAGUCUUUGGUGGAGACACCAAAAUCGAGGAUGAGGACGCUCUCGAUGAGACGCUCUACUUGCUGAAUACAUCAACGAGGCAAUGGUCAAGGGCACUACCCAACGGUCCACGUCCCAGCGGUCGAUACGGUCACUCGCUGAACAUUCUUGGGUCGAAAAUAUACAUCUUCGGUGGUCAGGUGGAAGGGUAUUUCAUGAACGACCUGGCAGCCUUCGAUCUGAACCAACUGCAAAUGCCUAAUAACCGCUGGGAGAUGCUCAUUGCCAGUAGCGACAGCGGCGGCCCGGGCCAGGGGAAGCUACCGCCCGCGAGGACGAACCAUUCCAUGGUGACGUAUAACGACAAGCUGUAUUUGUUUGGCGGUACGAACGGUUUCCAGUGGUUCAAGGACGUGUGGUGCUACGACCCCAUGACCAACCUUUGGUCGCAACUCGAUUGCAUUGGUUACAUCCCAUCCGCACGUGAAGGCCAUGCAGCGGCCAUUGUGGACGAUGUCAUGUACAUUUUUGGAGGCCGUACGGAUGAAGGGGUGGAUCUAGGUGACUUGGCAGCGUUCAGGAUCUCGUCUCGACGGUGGUAUACUUUCCAAAACAUGGGCCCGUCGCCUUCACCGCGGUCUGGGCACAGCAUGACGGCUGUGGGGAAGACCAUCGUGGUCGUUGGAGGCGAACCGAGCUCUGCAGCGACAGCCGUCAACGAUUUGGCGCUCGUGUACUGCUUGGAUACGACUAAGAUUCGGUAUCCAAGCGAUGGAGCGGCCAGCCGAGAUGCGACCCGGAACAAGCGACCCAACGACCUGGCAAUGCAAAAUAUGGCCCGAAACACACCUUCGCGCGAGGGGUCAACCGGUCCUCCCGAGGGCAGAAGGCAGGCCGGAACCCCGAACGCUGCUAAUGGCUAUAGGUCUCCCACUGGCGAGCCCGCGCUACUCAACGGUCAGCCCAACGGUGCCGCUCGGGUGGCUCAGACGACACGACAAGCAGGACCAGCUGGUCCGCCGCCGCAGGGGCAAGCACCAAAACCAGGAGGUGCUGCAAUCGGCCACCGCCCGAGGACCUCUUCGCUCGAUCGUAUGAACCUACCACCCACAUCGGCCGUGACAUCUCCCAUCCCUCCACAAGUUGCGGGGCUGCGGGAAGCUGAAGGUGCCGCUGGAGUAAACGGGCGGCAAACUCCACCAACCCAGAACCCCCCACGGUCCUCGUCGAGGCAAAGCGAUUCCAGGUCCGGCCAAGGCGAACCCCAGGGAUUGCAAGCGCCAAAGCCCAGGCAAACACGUGGUCAAGGGUCCGUAGACAGUUCGACCGAGCCCGCCCUCAAGCAGGUUGUGACUCGUCCAGCAUCUCCUCCGCCACCUACUCGCCAACCCAGCAACGCCCUUUCCAGGAGAUCGUCGACUAGGAAUUCUCAAACGGUCGCUUUGCUUAAGGAGCUCGAUUCGGCUAGGAACCGCAAUGCCUGGUAUGCGUCUGAGUUGGAACUGGCACGUCGCGCUGGCUACGUGCCCAACACGUCUCUGAGUCCGAUGCUCGACAGCCGGCCGAUGGAGACGUUUGACGACGAGGACAAGCCUCUGAUCGAGGCACUUCUUGCGAUGCGGACGGAACUUGCCAACGUCCAAUCUUCUGUCGACAAGCAAGCGGUUCUAGCAGCGAAGCAAAUCGCCGAAGCAGAGAAGCAGCGGGACGCCGCUAUCCAAGAGGCUGUUUACGCCAAGGCCAAGCUCGCUGCCCGGACGGGGGCAAGCGCCAGCAGUACACCGCAGCUCGACAACGAAAAGGACCAUGAGGAGCGAACGGGCGAGAUUGGCAAGAAGCUCGCAUUUUCUUUGAAUGCCCAAAGAGAACUCCAAGACCAGCUGGACCGGCUCAGCAACGACCAUGAGGCGGAACGAAAGGCACGGAAGUUGGCAGACGAAACGGCCAACGCGGCACACAAGCGAAUGGCAGACCUGGAGAACUACAAGCAGCAAAAUGCCUCGGAACUCGAGCGGUUGAAGGCCGAGCUGCACUUGGCUCAACGGGAGGCCCGGGAGAAGUCGGUAGCCGCCGCGGAAGCCAUCGCCUCAGCAGAAAUGCUUCGGGUCGAAAGGGCCGAAUUUGAGACCAAGUACAACGAGAUUGCCGAGAGCCACAAAGAGCACACCACGACAUUCACUAGCCUCCGUGGCGCCGUGGCCGCCUCUGCCGAUACCAAAGCCCUGCUGGAGCGGAAACUGGAUGAGGAGCGCGUUCUUCGGGAAACGGUCGAGGCAAAGCUCAACACGCUCAAGGCUGAGCACGAGGCGCGGACCGCCGAGCUCGUGUCCGCGACGCAACGUUUACGGGACGCUGAAGAACUGGCCGAGCAGCACGCGAACGAGGCUCGGCUUCACCGUGACGCCGUCAUGGUCGGUUUGGAGAAGAUAUCUCUCAAGGACACCGCAGACUCGAGCAAGGGCGAUUCCGAACGCAUUCGUGCCCUCCAAGGGCAGGUUGAUGCUGCGAAUGUGUUGGUCAAGAAGUACCAACAGGAGGCGGACAGCGCUGCUGACAAGCUUCGUGGUGCUGAGGAACGCAUAGCCGGGCUCGAGGCCUACCAGGAGCAGGCCAGCCGUGAGGGCGUUUCCAUCCGCCGCCAACUGCAGAACGCGCUGAGGGAGACCCAGUCUCUCCAAGCCGGCAGCUCCGACCUCAAGAAGGAGUUGGACAAGCAAAAGCAGGAAACCAACGCCAUGCAGGUGCAGUACAACGCGCUCAAGGAUAUUCUCGGGGAGCGCGGGAUCUCGCCUACCGCGGCGGCGGCGGUCAGGGCGCGCAACAGCCCAAGGCACAGCCCCCGCGGAGGGUCGCCAGAACAGAUGCGCCUGCGCGAGCUCGAACAACAACUCACGGCUGCACAAACGGCGCUCGAAGACACCAAGUCGCAGGCCGCAGUCGAGGCGCAGGAGUCCGAAUCGGCGUACCGCGACAAGCUCGCACAGCUCGAAAACGAUUAUCAGUCGGCCGUGCACUACGUCAAGGGAACCGAAAAGAUGCUGAAGCAGCUUAAGGAGCAGCUAUCACGCUAUAAGACGGAGAACGGCAAGUUGAAGGAGCAACUCGCCGACAUGGAGGAACACCUCGAGACCGGUGGCGCGGCCGCACGGGACUUGCAUGCCCCUGCGGACUGGGAGAGGCAGCAACAGUCUCUGCAAGACGAGGUCGAGAAACUGCGGACCGAGCUCCACGGCACGGCUUCCAACCUGGAACAACAGGUCCGGAAGCUCGCCGACGCCCAACGAGAACGCGACUCGGCCGUUCGCAACUCCGAGCAGGCCCAGCACCGACUCGAGACCUCGAAGCGGGAUCUCGAACAGCUUCAGCAUGAAAACGAGCUGUUGGAAACCCGUGCUCGGGAUGCCGAGAACAAGGUCAGCACACUUCUCGACCAGGUCGAACUCUCCGUCGAUAACUACCGCCGCCGCAGCCGGCAAGUGCCCAGCGACUCCCUCAACAUCCUUUCCACCAGCCCCCACCACGACAGCCACAGCGGCAACGGUAAUGGCAACGGCAACCACCACCGCAUGCCAGGCCACCUCCGCCAAGAAUCCAACACCAGCGAAGCCGACAGCCUCUACGGCCCAACCAUCACCACCACCGGCGCCGACAGCAGCCACAGCCCCAGCGGAACCGGCCUCGGCGGCGCCAACAGCCACAGCCUCAGCAGUCCCAGUGGCGGCCUGGGCGAAGCGCGGAACAGCGCGGCACUCGACAGUCUCGCCAACGAGCUCGAGACGCUGCGCAGCCAUUGGGAGGCGACCAACAAGAACUACCGGCUCAGCAACACGUUUGACUUUGACGCCAACCCGGUUGCUGCGGCCAGCGCGGCGAAUGCGGCGGCGGCUAGCGGGGCCGCUGGUGCUGCGACGGGGCCGGGGUUGAGUGAGAGUUUGGCGGAUUGGCGGAAGAGGUUGGAUGAGAGUCAUCCUGAUAGUUAG